CUAGGACUUCUACAAGUAAAAAAAAUGGGAGGAGUUAAAGCUCAAUUGGCAUUGGCGUUGGCCCUCUUCUUUCGUCACUGUACACUAGACUGGAGGAAAAGGAAGAAUUAUAAAGCAUUGGUCUUUUAUUAUUAUUAUUCUUUUUUCUUCUUGUUAGACCUUGCACAACAUGUUUAGGAUCAUUGUAUUGGACAGAAUUGACAAUUGCCGACUUUCCUUGGCCUAGCUUCUCUAGGCAAGAACAUAAUCUCGUUUGGGACCCUCAAGUCGAAAAGUCUAGUCAACUACGCAACAUAAAGAAUGGCAGAGUCUUAAUCCUACCAUCACCAAAAUUUCUAGGAAGCUACUUUGACAACUUAAGCCUUAAGGUAUGAAACUACAUUAGUAACUUCUAUGAAAUUUGAUAGUCAAUCUCAAGUAUUGUCUCAAACUAUUCUCUUUCUCUUUCUUCUUUUAUAAAUAACUUCUCUUGGUUCUACGUACAGAAACUCAAGUAAGAAUAAGAAUACUUUUAUUCCUGUUGUAUCUGAUUGAUUAGUUUUUUCUUGUCAGUAUCUCUUUUUAUUGGACUAUGACCCUUUUGUUUAAAAUCAAUUGUUUAUUUAUUUCCUUACUAGUUACUAAUAGAUUGAUAUGAUAUGGCAAUAUAAGCCACUACCUAGACCUGCAUGCAAUACUGUCAAUGGUAUUAGCAUUGCAUUUGAUCCUAAGCGUUCACCCGAUUACAAAGUUAUAUGCAUUUGUGGUCAUGAUUUGUUAGCAAAACAUUGCCAAAUAAAGAUAUACAAUUCUUAUGAGGGUUGCUCUUGGAGAGAUUCAGGAAAUCCUUUUGUUGUUUUAGAUGAGUUUUUGUUUAAUAGAGGGGUCUUUUGGAAAGGUGCAUUACAUUGGGUUGGCAAGGGAAAGUUCUCACUUGGUUUUGAUGUUGAGAGAGAGCUUUUGUUUACAACACCAAUGCCUCCAAUUCCAGAGGGUUGGGCAGAGAGAAGGUUGGGAUAUUUUGGUGAAUCAGGAGGCCAUCUAUAUCUCAUUGAGAUUUAUGGCCCUCAAACAACCGUCUUUGAUGUGAUGGAGAUGAGUGGUGAUUAUUCAAGUUGGUUUGUAAAGUACCAUGUUGAUCUUAGUGGACUUGCAGCCCAGUAUCCAUCUAUGAUAAGGUACAAUGUCCAGGAUAUUCAUCGUUUUGUUUUCUCUGUCUUACAUCUUGUUCAUCGAAACGUUGGACAAAAUGAAGAAGAGGCAAUCUUGGUGCUUCAUAUUCCUGGCAAGCUGAUUCCAUACAACCUUAGAGAUAACACAUUGAUAGAUGAUUUUGACUUGUCACCACAUCCGAUGAGCAUGGAAGAGAAUCUUGGAUUGAGUUAUAGGUGGGAAUCUGUUCAUCCAUUUAGCAACACUCUAUGUUAUAUUUGAUGAUUGUAUAGAAUUAUUUGCUCUUUGUUGUCUUCACAAUUGUAGUUUAUGACUGCUUCACAAAAGAAGCAAUAAUGGUCGAUCAUUUCCUAGCACAAAGAGAGCUACUUUAAGAGAAAAUAUCUCAUGCAUCGGAUAUAGGCAUCCUUCCUGUCAUAGCAUAGGAGUCUCACAAGGCUGUGGAAUUCAUAUACUAUGAGAGGGAGGAUGCAUGUAUAUAAUCGUUGCACCUGAAGAAAGCUGGUGUU